GCUGAGACUGCCUUGUCAAGAGGCGAAGAAAUGGGCGAAGGAGUUCUGUACGUGAAGGUGAUGACCGACGAGCAAAUGGAGAUUCUCCGGCGUCAGAUCGCGGUGUACGCGACAAUCUGCGAGCAGCUCGUCGAGAUGCAUAAGGCCGUCUCGGCUCAGCAGGAUUCCCUAGCAGGUAUGAGAUUUGGAAGCCUGUAUUGUGAUCCCUUGAUGACCUCAACCACUCAUAAACUUGCCUCAAGACAAAGAUGGACGCCAACACCCAUGCAGCUACAGAUCCUGGAGACAAUAUUUGAUCAGGGAAAUGGGACUCCCACCAAACAGAAGAUCAAAGAAGUAACGCUGGAGCUCACAAAACACGGCCAAAUCUCUGAAACUAAUGUCUACAACUGGUUCCAGAACAGAAGGGCGAGAUCAAAGCGCAAGCAAAGUUCUGCAGCAACAUCUAUUACUGAGUCCGAAGCCGACACAGAAAGCGAGUCCCGAAAUGAUAAGAGAGCUAAGGCUGAGACUGCCUUGUCGGAGGAUCUGCCCAAUCCUCCUCCUUCAUUACAGUACUCAGAGACUAAUAGAUUGCGAGACUACGCGUCGUUCUUUGAAGCUUCUCUUACAAACCCAAGGACUGAUAACUUGGUGGGGAAGAUGUUUUAUGCAGGAAUUGAUCACUUGAUGGAGAAAAUGGAUGACUCCUGGGAUCUUUAAACAAAUCAAUGACACUGACUUUGAGUAUAAAUAUUACGGACAGAACCAGAAAAAGACAGCUCUGGGAUAAAUCACAGGGCUUUCAUCAAAUUCUUGCAAUUCUGCAAUUUUAAUGUUGUUUUCUAAGAUCUUAAAAAGUUGUGGUUGUUUGUUUACCAAGUCUUAAACUGUUUCAUGGUGUGAUCAAUAUUUUCCAUGGAAGUAAAAGGUUGGCUUUUAAACUGUUGUUUAGAUAUAUAUAUAUAUAUGGUCUUGCUAGGGUU